GUGCGUUUGGUGUAUACAUGUGCGUGUAUUUUGUGUCGUCGGUUUAACACUACGACAGCAGACGGGUUGUUAGUCGUCGUCGAGUCGUCAUCAUCGUAUCAUUUAAUAUUAAACUGACGCCUACUGCUUCUAAUAUAACAUAAAAAUAUCGGAUAAUAAAAUCAUUAAAUUCAUUUGUGAUUAUUGUCAGUACUAUUAUUAUUAUUACAUUUUUUUUUAACACACAAUUAAAUGCAUUGUCUUACUCAAUGACAUAUUGUCGGCGAGGUGAAACAAGAGCGCGAGACGAGGAAAAUUUGUAAAAUUUCAUCCAAGGACGUCAGGACGUAAAGAAUAAUAAUAAAUACUUGGUACUCAAGUACGGAUAAACUACUAAAUAUGAAGUGGGCACCGGGUGCAUUAUUUUGCGAGCAAGUUGGCGAACUUACUCGUGUAUUUUCACAGUGGAAUGAGUGUGAACAAACAGUUGUACUGUACGCUCUUUUACGCCGAAUACCAGCAGUACAAGCACGAUUUUUGGCACAAGCAGUACAGCAUUCGCUUCAUGCAUUAUCUGAACUCGAUACGCAAGAGCUUAAUGCCAACAAUCCAGCUUUCAUCAAUUCCCUGCUGUCAGAGUCAACUGAAGUUGCGAUAAAUCAACUACUAGCUCAUCUGCCACUUUUACGACCUGGUAAUGUUGAAUGUAAGCAAUGUUAUCUUGUGGCUAUUCCUGAAUUAGUAAGCCACUGUGUUAGCACUGGACAAUUUACUGAACAAACUCAACAACUAUUGAGUUAUACAUUAAUACAUCCAGCAAUAACAAGCCAGGAUCGUAGAUCAUUAACCCAGUGGUUAAAACAUUUAGAAGAAAGAAUAACCGGUACUCCACCUAUUCAUAGUUUAGAAGAGUACACUAAUCCAUCAAACAAAUGGGAGAUCACGUGGAGUAGAGGAGGAGAGACCAGAAGUUCAAAACAACAUCAACAGCAUCCUAAUAAAGCAUCACAUUUGUUUACUGGUAAUGGUGGCAGUGGUGGCGGACAGUCGGGCAAUAAUACAUUUAAUGUACAAUUUCCACCGCAAAUUAUUCGUCAGCGAAGAUCAAACAGUUUAACACCACCAGUUGCACCACCUCAUCAUCUAGAAGUUGCUGAACGUACUAAUAAUACUCAUAAUAGUACCAGACACAAACCACGUAGUUUCAGUGUGUCUGGUGAUAACUCCAGCGGUCUUAUUGGUUUGGGUCCUCUCAGUCCCCAGAGUUCGUGUACCAGCAGCGGCAGCGAGGGACGCUUGGAUGAAGCAUCGAGUCGUCCACUCAGCAGCGGAAUGCGCGAUGUACCGCGUUGGUUAAAAACACUACGCUUACAUAAAUAUAGCUAUCUUUUUACGACGAUGAGUUACGAUGAGAUGUUGCAAUUAACAGAAGAUCAAUUAGCUGAACAAGGUGUCACCAAAGGUGCACGUCAUAAAUUAGCAUUGUCAAUUAGCAAAUUGCAACAACGUUACUCGACUCUUGUUAAAUUAGAAAAAGAAUUAUUGACACCGAUUGAUACCCUUGAAACUUUUGGUGACGGACCAGCUCUGUUACUUGUUUCUACUCUCGACGAACUUAAUACGAUUCUUAUGACACCCCUAAAACCAAGUCAGGAAGAUGAUCCCCAGGAUAUUCCAGCACAGUUUACUAAAGUUAUUGGCAAAUUAUGUAGCAGAUUGGUAUUGGAUAUGAUUGAUGAACAGAUUCUCGUCGGCUGCAUUAAUGUUCUAGAAAAAGUUCUUCAACAUGAUUGUUUCACUCCAAAUCAGAAAGAGAAGGUACAACAGUGGCGCAGUCGAUUGGGAAACCCACGACCUACACCAAAGUGGGCUUAUGGAAAUUACAGCAAUAGACGAUUUUACAUAAAUCCGCACACUAAAAAACCCAGUAUCUACAGAGCUCCAGUUCAUGAUAAUCACUUACAAAAUAAUAAGUUUAUGACAAGUUCACACAGAAAUAGUAUUUCAACACCGUACUUACAGAAUAAUCAUAAUCAUGGAAUUAAUUCGAAUAUUUUACGAACAAUUCAUGUUGCUGAAAAACGACCGAGCUUACAAGAAAAUAGUUUAGAGCAAUUGCAAAAAACUCUACAACGUACAUUUAGUGCGCCGCGUGAUCACUUUCUCAGUCAAAAUAACACAUCAUUAGAAACGACCGAGCCAGAAAUAAAUUCAAGACUUGAAUCACUGUGUAUACGUAUGACUGAGCAAGCUAUUGGCAAUUUCGGUGAGGCUUAAUUUAUUUUCAUCAUUUUUUUCUUUUCAACUUCACCAAUCCAUCUCGCUAUUCUAUUUUACUAUACCGUAUGCAUAUAUAUAUUGAUAUAUAUAUGUAAAAAAAAAAAAUAAGAAAAACUAGUAGUUAAAAUUGACACGGGACAAGUGCCCUCGUUAGCCGUAAUUUUCGGGGAUUAUAUAGAAGCAUCGACAAUUUUAAUUCAUAAAAGAAAUAAAAAUAAACAGAAUAUGCAUAUAUAUUCAUAUAUAUGUAUGUAUAUUCAUAUAUAAUAACAAGCAUUGACUAAUUAAUUUUUCUCUGAUGAAUUUGUAAAUCAUAUUUUAACAGUCAUUGCAAUUGUAUUAUUUAUAAUUAAAAGAAAAAAAACUGACAGAAUUUGGCAAGCCAAAUGCUAAUGAAAGAUUGACUCUUUCCGCUAACUUUUACUUCUAUAUUAAUUAAUUAAUUAAAAAAAAAAUAAAUAAAAAUAUAUAUUGUAUACUACGAUAGAAUUUGAUAAAAAUUCGUAGUGAGAAAGAAGAAUAAAAAUACUGUAAUUAAAACGCGAUUGUUUACUUGAUGAAUGUAAACGAUAAUUAAAGAAAAAUAAUAGUAAUAUUAAUAAUAAAUGAUUAAUGUAAUGAAGUAAACAAAUUACGCGUUAUUUGCAAUAUUUUAUGUUAUCCAUUUCAGGAAAUGGAGUUCUUCUUAUUUUAAAACAUCAAUCAAGCAUUAUAUGCGUUGUAAUUUUUUUCUUUUAUCGACUGAUUUAUAAAUAGUAAAUAUUUUUUUUUUAACAGUUCCGUCAAACAGAACUUAGCAAUUGAUUUUUUUUUAAUUAAAUUAUAAUCGAAUCAAAUUAUUUUAUAAUUAUUUUAAAAAUUUAAAUUAAAAUUAAUUUUCAAACUGAUUUAUAAUAACAGAAAUUAUUUGUUGCAUGAUAUAAUUGAGUUGCGUAAAUAUUUAUUUUUUAUUUGUUUUGAUAAUCUCACAAACAUCACUUAUAUAAAGAUGAAUUUUUUCUGCGUAUACAAACAUAGCGAACUAUAUACACAAUUAUCUUUAUAAUUAAUUAAAUCUUAACAAAAUUAUUAAUACAAAUUUUUAACAAAUAAAAAUAUUAUUUUAAUAUCUCGGUGGCAGUAUAGUAAGACUAAAGACCGCUCUAUAUACGUAAUUCCAUAUUUUUUAUUAGAGUAAUAUUAUUUCAUAACAAUUAUCACUAGUAUCAUUAAUUCGUUAUAAAUUACAAUCAUUAAUUUUUAAUUAAUAUUAAUAUAAUGAAUUAUUAUUUGGUUUUAAAAACAAAAAAAAAACAAAUCGAUUAUUUUUGUUUGCGAAUAUUUAUAUAUAUAUUAGAGUGGUCGUUAAAAAUAAAAUUUUCUCAGACGCCCCAUAAAAAGCUUUUUUUUAAUGAAAAAAUAAGUGGGGAAUUUGGUUUUUUCUUUUCAAGAAAAAAGAACACGUGCCUCAAGACGAUCAAAGUUCAUUUCUCGAUACAUUCGUGGUUUUUUUUAAAUAUCUCAUGAAAUAUGCAGAUUGAAGAAGAAAACCAUAGAAACAAUUUUGUAGGAAAUUAAAUUUGUGACAAAAAAGGUUACAUUCAUUUUUUCUAUAAAAUGUGUAUUUAUAAAGAUAUUUUUAAAAAACUCCUUUAGAUCUUACGAAUUGAGCGUUUUAAGGAUUACAAAUGUUGAAAAUGAUUUUUUUCUAAGUAUAUAGAAACAAUGAAAAGAAUUGAUGAUUGAUAUGUUAUGAGUGACGAAGUUGUCUAUAUUCAAGAAAAACAUGAUUUUUGACAUUCGUAAUCUUUAAAAUGCUCAAUUGAUAAGAUCUUAGAAAGUUUUUUUAAAAUAUCUUCAUAAAUACACAUUUUAUAAAAAAAAUUAACAUGACCUUUUUUGUCAAGAAUUUAAUUUCCUACAAAAUUGUUCCUAUGAUUUUUUCCUUUAGUCUGCAUAUUUCAUGAGAUAUUUUAAAAAAACCGCGAUUGUAUCGAGAAAUGAACUUUGAUCGUCUUGAGGCACGUGUUCUUUUUACUUAAAAAAAAGAAACCAAAUUCUCCACGUAUUUGUUCAUUAAAUAAAGUUUUUUAUAGGGCGUCCGAGAAAAUUUCAUUUUUAACGACCUCUCUAAUAUAUAUAAAUUGCAAACAGUUACAAGGUAUAUUGAAAAGUAAUAUGAGUGCAAGUCGCAAUAAAUGUACUAAUUAUUUUUUAAUUACCUGUCAUUUUUCACAAUACAAAUAAAAAAAAAUUUAAAACAUAAA